CGCCAACUUUGUUGUCACGUGAUUUACCUUUGUAUUCAAAUUUGCUCGAAGCGGAUAAAGUCAAGAGGCUGUGACACUUAUCAGACACAUCUUUGGCUGCAGAGAGAACGGUCGUAAAUAUGAAGUUGGCUCUGCUGUUAGCGUUGGCUUUUACAGCCGUUUUUGCACAGAAAGCAGAUGAAAUGAAUCCAUUUGACAAGAUCAUGUUUAUCAACAAUAAUGCCGGGGCAAAGUUUUCAGUGGACAACGAAAAUAACCACCCGGAUCUUUUCGAAGGUGACAUUGUCAUGACAAAAUCUCUACAAACAGACAUCGACAACAUGGAAUAUGCUGCAAAAAACAAAAUUUCUAAAUUCGAUGCAAUCACAAACGGUGCUUGGUCGAAUGGCGUUAUACCUUAUACUUUUGAUCGCAAUUUCAAUGCCAGGGGUCGCUCGGUCGUGCGCCAAGCCAUCGCUGAUUACCAAAAAUACACGUGCAUCAAGUGGGUUCCAAGAACCAACCAACGAAGCUAUGUUACCUUUUUCCACGGAUCAGGAUGCUACUCCAUGAUUGGACAGCAAGGUGGCCCCCAAAGAAUUUCUAUGGCGAGUCCUGGUUGCCUGUCAAAGGGAAUCGCCAUCCAUGAAAUGAUGCAUUGCGCUGGAUUCUUCCACGAGCAAUCGAGAACCGACAGAGAUCGAUACAUUAAAAUUCAAUGGGGAAAUAUAAUGUCAGGUGUCGAUUACAACUUCAAGAAGUACAGGUAUGGACAAGCAUCCACUCUUGGCGAGCCAUACGAUAAGCAGUCAGUCAUGCACUACGGAAACUAUGCAUUCAGCAAAAACAGAGGAAAGACGAUCGUUUCUCUCUCGAACCCAUCGGAGACCCUUGGACAGCGAAGAGGAUUUAGCCGUAUUGAUAUCAAUCAACUGAACAAGUAUUACAAGUGUAGAGGAACAAAGCCGCAACCGACAAAGAAACCUGUGUCAACAUGCACAGACAGCUACGUGUUUUGCAAAGCCUUGAAAAGCUACUGCAGCCAUUCCUGGGUUAUUGCAAACUGUAAGAAGUCGUGUAACCGAUGUUCUCGACCAAAACCACGCCCAAAGCCGAAGCCAAAUUGUGAAGACCAAAACCGCUACUGCCCCGGUUGGGCAAGAGCGAAGUAUUGCAACCAUCAGCGAUACAAAUCUUUCAUGCAAAGGAGUUGCAAAAAGAGCUGCAAUUUUUGUUGAUCGCAAGGAUAGAGACCUUUUUGCUAACACAAGUGCAUUAGUUGGGCAUUGUGUUUUUGUAUCUUAUUCUUUACAUCUGUUCAUUUAAUGUUUCCGAUGUCUAUAGCUUGAUUUAUUGAUGUAUCAUUCCAAUACCUUGUCUGUAAAA